GCAAACGCCUACCACGGGCGCACCUCCACUUCUCACGCCCUGCCUGCCCGUCCGCCCUGGGGUGCGCCCGCAUCUCCUCUAAAGGUAUUCCCACUACUGGUGAGGGAGCCUGCUUUCUGCAUCCCACCCCGGCCAGUCUGCCUCCGCCCGGGGGCGGGGCCCGCCACGACCUCGAGGGUGCGGCUCGGGCAAGUGCCCCGUCGCCAGGGACAGGUUGGUGUUCUGCAGCAGCCGCUCCUGAAACAAGUCCCCAAGCAAGGACCCCGCGUUCGCCGCGUAGUCGGUGCCAUGGCUGCUGCUAACGACCGAGACGGCGCGCAGGAGAAGUUACAUCCAAGAAAUCUUAUCCCAGAGCUUUGUAGACUGUUUUAUGGUUUAGGCUGGGUAACAGGAACGGGUGGAGGAAUCAGCUUGAAACAUGGAAAUGAAAUUUACAUCGCUCCUUCAGGAGUCCAAAAGGAAAGAAUGCAGCCAGAAGAUAUGUUUGUUUGUGACAUGAAUGAACAGGACAUCAGCGGUCCUCCACCAUACAAGAAACUAAAGAAAAGCCAGUGCACACCUCUUUUUAUGAAUGCCUACACUAUGAGAGGGGCAGGCGCAGUGAUCCAUACUCAUUCCAAGGCUGCUGUUAUGGCUACCCUUCUUUACCCAGGGAGAGAGUUCAGCAUUACACAUCAGGAGAUGAUAAAAGGAAUCCAGAAGUGUACUUCAGGAGGCUAUUACCGAUAUGAUGAUAUACUAGUGGUUCCCAUUAUUGAGAAUACACCAGAAGAGAAGGAUCUCAAGGAAAGAAUGGCACGUGCAAUGGAAAAAUACCCAGACUCUUGUGCUGUAUUGGUCAGACGUCAUGGAGUUUAUGUAUGGGGAGAAACAUGGGAAAAAGCCAAAACGAUGUGUGAAUGUUAUGAUUACUUGUUUGAUAUCGCAGUGCAGAUGAAGCAGCAUGGGCUAGAUCCUUCAAAACAUCCAGCGGGAGAAAAUGGGAUCUUGUAAGUGACAACAACAUUUAUAGUCAGGUUUCUUACAUGACCGAAUUCCCGUUUUCCACCUCACUGUGUUAAAACCAGAAGGGGGUGCUGUUACACUCUUUGAUUGGCAGAUAUUUGUCAGUUUUGACUAUUUAAACACAUCCAAGAAGAAAAGAAGGGUUAAAACAAAAACAACAGUGGUGAACAGUCAUUGCUAUUUAUAAAUCCUAUCAAAUGCUACAGUAAGAAGAAUGAAAAUUCAGAUGCCAAAAAAAAAGAUUUUAAAAAAAGCUGUGGGGAACUAAUGUGACAUUUUGUUUGUGCUUUUUAAGAGUUCAUAUUUCAACAAUAUGCAUUUGUUGAUCCUGCUCUACUGCUACAUCAUUUAACUUGUUCUAGGUCUCCAUUUCUGAAACUCAUAGUAUAUAGUGAAAGCAACUCCUUAAUUAGAAGUUAGGUAUGAAGUUUAAAGCAUUGUUUGGACUGCUGAUACUUUCAUGCUUUGUCAAUAAGGGUUUUUUUUUAAAAAGGGUUUUUUUUUUAAAAAAAAAAAAAGUCUGUAGCGUAUGUAUUUUUCAGUUCUCUUAUCUGUUAUUAUAAUGAGUAGGAAACACAUAAUCAUAUGGUGUGCAUUUGGAAGUUGUUACUGAGAGACUGCGCUAGGUUUUGUCUACUUUUUACCUCUUUAAAUUCACUCACUUUUGAUAAGAUUUUAUUACAACUUUAAAACAGCUUUUUAUAGCCUUUGAUUAGCCACCGUAAUUUAGAUUUAAUCAAACUGCUCAUUAAAAUAUAGUCUCCAGUAUUUUUG